AGGUAACCGGGAGUGGCCAGUGGUGGCGGUCCCCGCGGUCGCCCACCCCCUCCACGCAGCGCUACCGGCACGCGCGCACGGGGAGGGCGUGAGCGGCGGGGCCAGCUGCGGUCUGAGCUAGGGCACCGCUGCCUGUUUCUCUGCGAAGCGCCGGGGCUCCCGCCGCGCUCAGUUAAAAGUCCACCACCAUGGAGGCGCAGGCACAAGGUUUGUUGGAGACUGAACCAUUGCAUGGAAGAGAUGAAGAUGCAGUAGCCAACGCUGACUUCUCUAGCAUGCUCUCUGAGGAGGAAAAAGAAGAACUAAGGGCAGAAUUGGUUCAGCUUGAAGAAGAAAUUACAACAUUAAGACAAGUUUUAUCAGCGAAAGAAAGGCAUCUGGUGGAGAUAAAACAAAAGCUCGGCAUGAACCUGAUGAAUGAAUUAAAACAGAACUUCAGCAAGAGCUGGCAUGACAUGCAGACCACUACUGCUUACAAGAAGACACAAGAAACUCUGAGUCAUGCAGGGCAGAAGGCGACUGCGGCUUUCAGCAAUGUCGGGACGGCCAUCAGCAAGAAGUUUGGAGACAUGAGCUACUCCAUUCGCCAUUCCAUAAGUAUGCCUGCUAUGAGGAAUUCUCCUACUUUCAAAUCUUUUGAGGAGAGGGUUGAGACAACUGUCACAAGCCUCAAGACGAAAGUAGGCGGGACGAACCCGGGCGGAGGCAGCUUUGAAGAGGUGCUCAGCUCCACAGCGCAGGCCAGUGCGCAGAGUACAGCGGCUGCCAGGCGCCCCGAAGAGGAACUGCAGUGCUAGGGCCGCGGGGUGGGGGCCCCCACCUCCCAGCUUGCCCCGCCCUGCUCCCCGAUGUAAAGACCAAAUUCCUCCUGGGAAGGAUUCAGGCCUUGACCUUGUUCUUAUGCCCUCUCCACAGUUUAAUACAAUAAUUUCCAUUUGCAUUUGUGUUAAUCAUGGGCCACUUGACCAUCACACUUCAAUAUUUCUAUUAGCAUAUUUAAAAUAUCCUCAGCUUCAGAACACAGAGGGUCAAAUCCCUGUCUUCAUGUAAUUAAUUUCCAAACACAAAAGCUAUUAAUUUUGCUUUAAUUUCUGCUUGGACUCCUUUACAAUAUGCAUGUCUUCAAAGGCUGAGUGAACCCCACUUUCAGUUCAGCCUGAUCUAGGGGACUGGGGCUUUUUCUGCUGUCUCUAGCAAUGGGAUGACUCUGCAAAUUUCAUCUAACUGCUUGUGUUCUCCCUCACUUGUACCAAUUAUGUUUGUUUACUUAAACAAUUAAAAUAACUGAUUUUAA